AUGGCUAAGAAUGAUUUUUGCAAUAUAUUGGGCAUGAGAGAGGGAACUUUGAAUGGAAAUUACCUUGGUCUCCCUUCAGUAAUCGGGAGGAACAAACGUGAAAUCCUUGGGUUUAUCAAAGAUAAAGUACUUGGUAGAAGCAACAGUUUGACCCACAAGUUUCUACCAAGAGCAUGGAGGGAAGUUCUUCUAAAGAAUGUCAUUCAGGCCAUCCCUUCCUUUGCGAUGAGUGUUUUCCUCCUUCCAAUUGAAAUGGGUAAGGACAUUGAAAAGAUCAUGAACAGCUUUUGGUGGGGUGGCGUUGGUGAAAAUCACAAGGGUAUAAGAUGGAAAAGCUGGGAUAGAUUAAGUGUCCCUAAACGUUGGGGUGUCAUGGGCUUCAGAAAAAUACGGGAAUUUAAUCUUGCUAUGCUGGAAAAACAAGCUUGGCGCCUUAUUGAUCAUUCGAGCUCCCUUCUAUCCAGAACAUAUAAGGCUAAAUAUUAUCCUAAUUGCACUUUUUUGGAAGCUCAACUUGGUAGCAAUCCUUCUUUCGUUUGGUGUAGCAUUCAUGAAGUUCAACCUAUUCUUCAAAGGGGUUUUGCUGCACUUAUUCAUCCAGCAGGUUCUUCAUGGAAUAUUCCCCUCAUCACUUCCCUUUUCAAUCAAGAAGACAUGAACCUUAUCACAAGCAUCCCUCUAUCUAACACAAGGCUCAACGAUAAAAUUAUUUGGAUGGAAGAUGAGAAAGGAAAAUAUACGGUUCGAAGCUUCUACAAAACCCUCACGGAUGAUCAUGAUUUCGAUCAGGCACCAUUCUGGACUAGACUUAGAGCAAAACAUGUUAACAUUCCGGGAGUUUGCCAAUUAUGCAAUAUUGAUGAAGAAUCUUAUUUUCACCUAUUUGUUCAAUGCCCCUUCGCGAGAAGCUGCUGGGAUAUGUUUGGUGGUGUCGACUAUGUUUCUAGCAACAAUCUUCUUGACUGGCUUGAGUCUAUUUUUACUACAAAGAAUGAUAAUGAUAUUUGUGGCAUAAUCUCUACUUGUUGGAAAUUUUGGGAAGAUUACAGAGGUUGUUACUCACUGGAAAAAAAGCCUCAUACUGGUAUGCUUAAAAUCAAUGUUGACGCGACAUUGGACACCAACAACAAGAAAAUGGGAUUUGGUUAUGUCAUUCGGGACUCUACCGGUCAUUUCCUUUAUGCCAGAUGUCUCCCUUGGCCCAGUAUUUUCAGGCCAAACGAAGCAGAGGCGAUUGGCAUUCGCGAAGCAUUGACAUGGAUCAAAGAUUCUAACCUUGACAACAUCCAAGUAGAGAGUGGCUGCCUUCUGCUUGUUAAUGGCAUCAUACAUGGACAUGAUACUUUCUCUUCUUUUGAUCUCAUUAUUUCUGAUAUUAGAGAAAUAGCUAGUGAUUUUGAUAACAUUAGCUUUUUGUUUGCUAAACGGUCCACGAACAGGGUUGCCCAUUUGUUAGCACGGGAAGCCCUGCCUAUGUAUGGCUAUAUGGACUUCUCAAUGAUCCCUUUCCCUUCCAUUGCUCAGGUUUUGAGCUUGGAUAUUAGUUAA